AGCCAGCACACCAGGACGGCACGGCCACGGAAGCGCAGGAAGAGGUUGGACGAUACGGACACCAAGAGCGAGUAUGCAAUCCACGAGGACCUGUAUCUCUUCCUGUAUGGCCAGUUUGGCAAGGGGUGCAAUCUCGCAAAUGUUGUAGAAACCCCGAGUCUUCAGUUGCCCGACUCCUCGGGCAAGAGCGGUGCACCUACUGACGACAAAAGCAUUGUGGCAAAGCUGUACCUUAUCCAGAGUACCAAAUCGCGCGGAUACAGCCCCAAGGACUACGAUGUCGAGACGCGGUCGCUUAUCGAGGCGUACAACGAGAUUCUGCACAUGAGCAACCUGAUCGACUUUGACGACAUGCUGACCAUGGCAAACAAGGUGCUGAAGAGCCAGUCUGUCCUGCAGGCCGUGCGAAGCAUGUACCCGUAUCUCCUGGUCGACGAGUUCCAGGAUCUCAACAAUCUGCAGAUGGAUCUGGUCUUGCGCUUGCAGGGGGAUGUUGGGCGAGUCACUGCUGUUGGCGACGAGCGACAGAGCAUCUACGGCUUCCGCGGCGCCUCGUGCGAGAGCAACUUCAAGACGUUCCUGGAUAGCUUUGUUGACGCCGAUGUUGCUCGUACUAAAGGCACCCCUGGCAGCCUUGUCGGAAGCAUGCAGUCGCUGACGGUCAAUUACCGGUCACACAAGAGCAUCGUCGACUUGGGCAAUGUGGUUGCCCGCGACACGGCAGGCGACGACGGGCUACUGGUGAGGCUCCGUGUGCCAUUGCAGGCGCGCGCGACAGCACCGGUGGUGCCCGUGUCGGUGUGCUACAAUGCGACAGCUCAUAAGGAGGCCACGUCAAUAGCCGACAAGAUCAAGUACCUAAUCGACUCCGGGGCGUGCCGGCCCAAAGAUAUCUCGGUGCUAUUCAGGUUCCUCAAAUUUGGCCAGUAUCGGCCGUCAGGUCGCAUUGAGACGGAGCUGAUGAAUUUGGGGAUUCCAUUUGUAGUCCGCGGCGGUGCGUCGCUGAUGAGCACCAGGCGUAUGCAGAACUUCCUUGCGCUGCUGGGCCUAUUGGCCAACCGCAGCAACGACAUUGCCAUGCGCGUUUGCGUUACCGAGUUUGUGCUGCAUCUAGGGCCGGUGUAUUGGAGGCGGAUCGAGGGCAUGGGCCCGGAUUCAAAUGGCGACGGCAGUCUGUUUAGAAAGGCCGAGCGUAUCGUCAGCACCACCAAGAUCCCAAAGAAAGCGCGCGAGAGCCUGGGCCACUUCCUGGCGACGGUCAAGGGCUGGGUUUCGGAUAUGGGCGAGAUGACGCUGAUGGAGCUGGUAGUCAGGAUCUACACAGACUUUGUCAUGGACGCGAGCAUCAAGGCCAAGGCCAAGACCAGGUUUGCACGGAAGGCAGCAGCAGCAGAAGCAGCAGCAGACGAGCGAUGACCACGAUUCCGACAAGGAGCUCAACAAGGACCAGGUGCUGGCAGCACUGCGAGGCAUGGUCGCCGGGUUCUUUCUCAGAGCGCAUCCAGGGCGCCGGCCUGUCGCAGUCGCAGUUCAUUGCUAGCGAUGUGUGCUCAGACGACACAGUGCAGUCGUUCCUGGCACAUGCGUCGAUGAUGUCGGGGUCUGCCGAGGACCUUGGCGAGAU